AGAAGAUGGCUGCAAGACGUGAAGCUCCAGACUCCCUGUGCUGCUCCAUUUGUUUGGACGUGUUGAAGAAGCCUGUGACUCUUCAGUGUGGCCACAGCUACUGCAUGGACUGUGUGAACGACUUCUGGGACCAAGGGGAUCACAGAGGUGUGUACAGGUGUCCCCAGUGCAGACACACUUUCGCCUCGAGGCCUGUGCUGAACAAGAACACAGUGCUGGCUGAUCUGAUGGUCAGAAUGACAGAAACAGGACGUGACACCCCUCCUGGGGUGGCUGCAGCCAGUUCAGGAGGGGUGGACUGUGAUUUCUGCACCACCAACAAGCUGAAAGCUGUGAAGUCUUGCUUGGUGUGUCUGGCCUCUUACUGUGCCACACAUGUGCAGCCUCACUACGAGUCUGCUGCUUUCAAAAGGCACAAACUGGUGCAGGUGUCGGCCUCCAUGCAGGAGAUGAUCUGCUCCAAGCACGACAAGCUGCUGGAGGUCUACUGCCGCUCUGACGACGAAUGCAUUUGUAUGCUUUGUGUCAUGGACGAGCACAAAGGUCACGACACUGUGUCGGCUGCAGCAGAGAGGAAAGAGAAACAAAAACAAUUUGGACAGAAGAAGCAAAAAUACCACCAAGGAGUUCAGGAAAAAGAGAAACAGCUGCGACAGCUGAGACAGAAAAUAACAGCAUUGAAGUGCUCUCGAGACGCAGCUCUUGACCAAAAUGAGAAGGCCUAUGCUGAAAUCAUCUUGAUGGCAGACAAAAGGCGUUCAGCUGUGAGGGAGCAGAUCACACAUCAGGAAAAGGCAGCUCUGGGUCGAGCGGAGUCACUCGUGGACCGAUUUGAGAAGGAAAUUAAGGAUCUCAAGAAAAAAGAGAAUGAACUGAAGCAGCUGUCGUUAACUGAGGACAACAUUUAUUUUCUGCAGCACUGCAAGCAGAUUCUGGGCCACACAGAACACGAUGUGACCCCAGAUUUAAACUUUAAGCCACACUUAGCUUUUGACUUUGUGACAAAGGCUUUCUCGGACUUGAGCGACAAAAUGGAAAACAUGGCAAAAACUAUCGGAGAGACUUCUGAAACGUUAGCUGAUAUGGAUCCGAAGACGAGACAGGAAAUGUCAAUAUAUUCCUUAAACCUCUAUUUGGAUCCCAACACAGCCUUUGAGAACCUGUUGCUCUCCGAGAAAAAUACUCAGGUGACCUGGAUCAAGAAAGCCCAGCAGUACCCCUCCCACCCAGAGAGAUUCUCCAAAUAUGAGCAAGUGUUGUGCUGUGAGGGUUUAUCUGGGGUUUGUUACUGGGAAGUUGAAUGGAAGGGGCCCCGGGUUGAGGUGGCUGUGUGUUAUAAAGGAGCAAAACUGAAUGAAAGCUGUUUUGGAUACUCUGACAAGUCCUGGUGCAUUUCCUUCUCAAAGUAUGAGUGCACGUUUUGGCACAACGAGACCAAAACAAAAAUACCUGCUCCACGUUCGUCUAGAGUGGGGAUUUAUUUGAACCAUAAAGCAGGAAGCCUGUGGUUUUAUGAUGUGUCUGACUCUGGUGAGACGACGCUCCUUCAUAAGGUUCAGACCACUUUCUCCCAGCCGUUGUACCCGGGCUUCAUGGUCUCCAGAGGAGCCUCACUCAAGAUAAUCAACCGUCUUUAGAAAAUGCAGACUCUCAAGACUGCCUGCUUUUAUUAG